AUGGAGUCGCCAGAGCACGACAACGAAGUGGUCAAACUUCGUAAACAGCUUCAGUGUCUUGAGCAAGAAAACGACGACCUGCAAUCGUACGUGCGCAGGUUGGAAGCAACUGAAGAAGACUUGAACCACAAAAUUGAGCGAGCCGAGGAGGAAGUUGUCUUUGCACAGCAGGAGCUCGAGUACUUCAGGGAGGAGCACGCGAUGUGUCCGCUGGAGGAGAUCGAUGACCUGAGACAGAACUUGCAAAAGUACAAGAACGUAGUGAGUCGCUUGCUGAGUGUGGUCGACCUUCCAGACGUGACACAGGAAAGCGCGGAGACUUUUUCAGAUGUUGAAGCGAAUGAGCUUGAGUCGGAGCUUGAUAGUCGGAACGGGGACACUGACGACAUUGUCCAGGAAAACGCUGGGGAUACUGACGAGCUCAAUUGCGCAGCUCAUGGUGAAAAUGAGCAAAAGUGGACCGACGUCGUGGAGAAGCUACGAUCGGAGAUACGGACCAAAAGCGAGCAGCUACAGGCCGUCGAACACGACUACGAAGAAUUCAUGGUGACCAGUUACAACGUAGAAAAGGCUUUGGCAAGCGAAAGCUCAAGCUUGAAGCACUCCAUUGCAGCCUUGCAAACAGAAAACGCUCGUCUCCAACAUCUCCUCGUCACGGGACGAAAGAGCUAG